AUGACUACUCUCGUACGGACCCGCCAGCCGCUACAAGUCUUGAGCAUGAGCCACCACCAGCCUGAGCGUCGGAAGAGUAAACGCCUCGCGGGUACGUCGUCGCCAGAACCAGAAGAGCCGGAGUUCAAGAGGAGGAAGAGGACUGCUGCGGCUGCCGCGGUUAUCAACGAGUCGGCGGCCUUUUCACAACAACAACAACACGCGCCUGCGCCGGCGACGGGGAGGAAAAAGAGAAAGAAUGACGCUGACUCCAAGGGUUCCUCCGCAGCAGGAGCCCCGGCAGUGUACGACGAGCAGGAUGGCGACUUUUUGUUUACGCGCGGGUCCAAGAGGGUGAAGACUACGCCAGCACCACCACCACCACCACCACCACCACCUGAGCCAGAACCGGAGCCAGAGCCGGAGCCGGAAUUGCCAUUGCCGAAAAUGUCUACCGCGAAGAAGGUUGGAAGACCACCAAAGAAUAGUUCGAAAAAGCGCGCUUCCUCUCCGGCGCAACAGUCUGCGCCUCCACCGCCGUUACCAGUACAGCCGCAGCAGCAGGUUUUACCGAGGAGGACGUCGAAAAGGAGGUCUAGUGCAGCUGCUCAGGCGGCGCCUCAACCGGUACAAGAUGAGGAGCCGGUUAUGCCCAAGGCGAAGACGAGGAGGAAAGGGAGGGAGUCGAAUGCCGACAAGAAAGCAAGAGAGGAAGCGCAGCGGAGGCAGUUAAUAGAGGGGAUUCCGGAGGAGGAGGAAGAGGAUAAAGCACAGGACCAGCGACACAACCACCACCGUGAUCAUGACCACCCUAUGACCAACGGCACACCCCAAGCAGAACACCCCUCUGGCGCCGCUUCACAGAUGAUCUCCCUACCUUUCAGCGACACGCCUAUUCAAAACAGGAAUAAAGAGUUUCGAAAAAAGGGGGGAGCGUCUGGAGGGAGGAGGAGUUCACUGGGCAUGAGAGGGAGGAGGGCGAGCUCGUUGAUUGAUAAUGGGCAGAGCGCGUUACCACAUCGGGAGGUUGAUCCGAAGGAUUUCUACAAGUAUAUUUCGGCCGAGGGGUUGAGCGAGCCGAGGAGGAUGAAGCAGUUGUUGAUUUGGUGCGGGGAGAGGGCGCUUAGUGAGAAGCCUAGGGGGGGGAAGGGGAAUAGUGCUGUUUUGGGAGCGAGAGCGAUACAAGACCAGAUCUUGAAGGACUUUUCCUCAGUGUCGGAGUUUUCAGAUUGGUUCUCACGGGAAGAAGCGCCGAAGCAGCCGGUGGUAUUAAAAGAAGUCAAAAAAGCCUGGCAGGCCAUCGCGAAACCAUUACCCACACUCGACCCGAUAUACCCCCUCUCAGCCCCCCCACCAGACAACCCUGACGCUCCCCCGCAACCCGACCCGAGAAAAGCCCCGUUGCCAGACCCCAGUUUGUUGUCGGAGGAAGAAACGAAAAUGUUGGCUUUCCUGACUAGUCCGGAGACGAGUUUUGGCAGCUGGAAGAGGCAGGUCAGGUCAAGGCUGCAGAAUGUGCAUCAGGAGCUCGAGUUUGAGGUUGAUGUGCUGGCGGACAGGGUUCACAAGUUUGACAUGAGAGUUGAGACUGCGGGGCGGGAGGCGGAUCAGGUUUUGAGGUUGGGGGCGGAGAGGUUGAGGGAACGGGAGGAGAGGGAGAAGGAAAGGGUGGGGACACGGGGGGUGGGGGUUUGGGAGGUGCUGAGGAGUUUGGGGAGGAUAUUGCCUGAGGGGGGGUAG